UUCCAUUGCAGAAGCCCAGUUUCCGGAUGUCGCUCCGGACUCACGCAGUGUCGGCAAGGUACUCUGCCCAUUUUUCCUUAGUCCUAGGUCAUCAAACUCCAGUGCUUCUAGGAAAAGGGACUUCUUAUCAUUUCGUCGCUGACAAUUUUCGUCCAACUGUUAGCCGAUCACCGUCGAUGUUGCUCUGCCUGCUGAUGUCGCGCAACGGCAGCGCCUCCUUUUUUUGCACCAACUCUUUAUUCCGUGCACAGUUCUUUGAGACUUGCACGCUGAAAUCUCCUCCAAGUGCCUCGUUAUAGCCACGCAGCAGCUCUCCUCCCCGGUUUAGUCGUCUCCUCGGACUGCUAGCUCCCGUCCAUGCUCCGAGAUUUCCAAGUGCCUCGUUAUGGUCACGCAGCGGCUCUCCUCCUCGGUGGUAUCGCACUGCUAGCUUCUCACUGCUAGCUUCUCACUGCUAGCUUCUCACUGCUAGCUUCUCACUGCUAGCUUCUCACUGCUAGCUUCUCACUGCUAGCUUCUCACUGCUAGCUUCUCACUGCUAGCUUCUCACUGCUAGCUUCUCACUGCUAGCUUCUCACUGCUAGCUCUCACUGCUAGCUCUCACUGCUAGCUCUCACUGCUAGCUCUCACUGCUUCUCACUGCUAGCUCUCACUGCUAGCUCUCACUGCUAGCUUCUCACUGCUCGCUCUCCUCCAUGCUUUCACAUGGAGCAGUCAAGCACCCUUCGCCGCCCACUACCCCCCGCUCAUUCCCCACCGCCAAUCAUAUCCACGAUUCCACGCCCGGAAAGCACCUCUCUUUCGGGAGGAGUGUCGUCCUCUUUACAAGCACAUUCGAUAGAAGCACAAGCCGGCUUAUCAGAUGAAACGUGCACAGCUACUCCUGACUCAAGGUCCACGUCAGCAAUCUCAAGCCAAUCAGUACAUCCCACUGACGCAGCCACGUCAUCCGAGCCAGCGAGGCAGCAGACCACGACGUCAAUACUGACGUCAGCAUCAACAGCUGAUUCAGAAUCAACGGUAGCCAUUCCUCGUCACACCAGGUUUACAUCGCCUAAUGGCAACCCACUCCGUUCCCCUCAGUCACAUCCGCUACAAUCACACCCGGCCUCAGACAACCCCCCUUCCCUGUCACUCCCAUAUUCGCAAUCAUCCCUACAAUCCCCGCUAUUAGCACGCCCCGUUAUAGCGCGCCCCAUCAGACGCCACUUAUCCGCGCAUAAUCUCAUAAACGAAGCGGAUUCUCACACCAUCCUCCUCCCCACUCACAAUUUCCUCCUCUCCCUCCUCACAUUCCUCCUCCUAGCAUACCUCACCUUCCGCGAAACCCGCUUCUUCUAUCCCCCAUGGUCCUGCUCUUCCUUCCUCCGCCUCGUCUCCCCUCUCUUCUCCCUCACGCCUUUCCUCGCCCUCCUCCUCUCCAUACUCUCGCCCUUACCGCUCCUCCUAGGGUCGCUAUACCUCCUCUCCCGUCUCUCUGCCGCUGCUCUCCGCGCGUUAACGCUGCUUUUAUUGUUAAUAUGCUUAUGCGUGACUACCGAAGCCAUUAUAGCGCAACAGCCGCGGCCAAUCCAAGUCCAGACAGGCUUUGAGUCGAGUAAAAGGCCAAUCCAGCUUGAGACGAGCCACACCCACCAGAGACCCCGAUCCCUCUCCACCACUUCCCACGCCUCCAGUCCCCACCCGUCCAGUCCCCACCCGUCCAGUCCCCACCCCUCCAGUCCCCACCCCUCCAACCAUCGAAGCUUCUCGGCCUCUUCCUUCCAGCGCCGCUUCAAACCACUCUUUUCUCACGUCUCUGACCCGCCUAUGCCGCACCCGUUAGGCAUCUCCCCUGACCAGCGGCUGCUAUAUCUCUUCGUCUCCCUCCUUGGGGGUUCCAUAGGCCUCAUUCUCCUCUUCCUCCUCCUCAUUCCCCAAUCCCCCCCGUCUCCUCUCCUCUCCUCCCCUCGCUCCCACCACCCCACCCACUUCUCUCUCGCAUCCUCAGCCCUCCGAUCGACCGGGCUUCUCCCAUCCAGAGCCGUCCGAUUUCUGCUGCUGCUGCCCCCCCUGCUCUCUCUCGCUGCUCUUUUGUUCCUCCUGCCCUGGUUUCUUGCGGGCAUUCGAUUAUUUGUUGUCUGCCCGGGAGCAGGCUUUCAGCUGCCCGGCCAAGCUUCUACUUCCAGCUCCACAUGCCAAGGCUCGGAGGUGGUGGCGCCUGGUUCGGAAACAUCAGGCUCGGUGGUUUCAGGCUUGGAGGGGUUAGGCUCGGCGGUGCAUUGUGCAGGAAUCCCAGGUUCGGCAGAAUCAGCUUCGAUGUCCGGCUCAGUGUCCGGUUCGGCAUCUGAUUCGGUAUCAGGUGCGGUAGCGCAGUGCUGUGCUGAAUGGAGGGAGGCACUAGCACCUUGGGGUGUGACUAAAGGCGAGGAGGUUAUACUGGGGUCUAGCGUGCUCUGGCUCUGCUGUGUUGGGCUGCUGCUGCUGUGGCUGCUGGUGUCCGCCUUUGUUGCUCUCUAUAUGCACCUCCCGAUAGCAGUAGGGGAGGGAGGGAGCGUGGGAGAGAGGGGAGGUGUGGGGGAAAGGGAGGGGGAGGAGAGUGGGAGUGGGAGUGGGAGUGGUGAUAGGAGUGGGAGUGAUGAUGGGUGUGGGAUAGAGGUUGGGAUUGGCGACCCUGUAGUAGAGUGGGGGGGAGGGGAGGAGGUGGAGGGGUGUGUGGAGGGGAGAACUAAGGGGACGGGGGAAGUAGUGGGGGGAAGCGAGAGGAGAGAGGAGAGAGAGAUCCGCGGGAGUGUGGGUGAGGGAAGGACGCGGGAGCAGGGAGAGGAAGGGCAAGGCACGGGAGUUGGUGAGGAGGAGGAUGGCGGGGCAGGAGUGGAUAGCCCUAGGGGGAUGGAGCAGCACCUCUGGCAGCAUGUUAAGCGGCAGAACAAGCAGCAAGGGCAGGCAGCCGCAGGAGCAGCAGUGGAGGAAUCGGCAGCAGAAGCAUCAAAAGCAGGGGCAGCAGUAGCAGUAGCAGAAGCAGAGGCAACAACAGAAGCAGCGAAGGCAGGGGCAGCAACAGCGGCGGCAGCAGCAGCGGCGGCGGCAGCAGCAGCAGCGGCGGCAGCAGCAGCAGCAGGGACGAGGCAAUCCUUAGGAAGUGGGAGCGCAGGUUUGUCAGAACCAAGGAUCAUUCAAGAGAGAGGGGUUGUCUCAUUAGCGAGGGAGAGGGAGGUUUUAUCCAGAGGCUUAUCCAGGCUGUACCUGCCCGGGUACCGUCCACAUCAGCAGCUGAUUCUGGGGUCGGAGAGCGAGAUGUUGACGUGGCAUGCGCAGUGGCAGCUGCUGCGAGGCUCCUUCAGGCUCUCCUCCCACAACUUUGAUGCGGCCUUCUUCCCCUCGCUGCUCCUCGUGGCAGCCAUCGCAUCCACUCUCAUAGCAGUCUCCUUUGCCGUGGCUCCUCUCUUUGAGUUCACUGACUUUAGUACGCCCGUGGUGCUGGGCGUGGUGAUUGCCAUACAUUUCGACUUGGCACUCCUCCUUCUCACCAUAGUCCUCCUGUCAGUAUCCGUACAGACCCCAUCUGGCCUGCUCUCAUCUCUCUCCAUCGCACUCCGCCUCCUCCGCCGCUACGCCCACGCCUACCUCGCGCUCAACUUCGGCCUCAUGGGGGUGCUCUCCUGCCUCGCUUCUGCCUGCUUCAUCCUCACAGGGAUUCUUCAGUCUGCCAUGGUGCAGAAUCUCCUGCUCUCUGGAUCACCUUCGACCGCACAGUCUACACUGUCUACACCCAUGUCACCAUUUAUUGCAGCAUCUACACCAUCUACCGCAAUGCUUAUCUCUUCAUUUACAUCAACACCAACACUAUCAGCAGCUGCAACCGCACCCCCGAUUUUUUCUAACCAAUCAGCUACACCACCACCACCAUCGGCGCCUCUACUGCAUUUUCCCCAUCUACCACUUUCCCCAAUCCUUCGCUUCCUGGCACCCCGCCAAUUUCCAUCUGACCUCUUCCCACCCAAGCUCUUCUCAUCAAUCCAAGCCUCCCCAGUUUUAACUCAGGGUUUACGAUCAACCGAUGUUCAGUCAGCCGUGCUUCUGAUUCUAGCCCUGCCCACCUCAGCGCUCAUUCUAGCAUGCCUCUUCUCUGCUGUUGUGCUGCAUGCUGUGGCUUCCACUCUCUUCGUCUCCCUUGCUCUCCACCAAAUGGGCUCCAUUCGCCUCCCCAGAGCCCUCUAACCCCAAGCCUCUCUCCUUGAAUCUAACCCUGCCCUGCCCACUGCCCACCUCAGCGCUCAUCCUAGCGUGCCUCUUCUCUGCUGCUGUGCUGCAUGCUGUGGUUUCCACUCGCUUCGCCUCCCUCGCUCUCCACCAAAUGGGCUCCAUUUGCCUCCCCAGAGCCCUCUAGGUUCUAACCCCAAGCCUCUCCCUUUGACUCUAGUCUCUAGCCCUGCCCUGGCUCUCUAGCCCGGCGAAAAGGGCAGCUACAUGUAAAUCCAUAUUGGAUUCAUGUACAUUCCGAACCUGUCUAACCUUGCCAUGGGCAAUUGUAAAUAUGAGUACUCUACUUGACUCCCUCUUUUGUUGGUCAACUUUCUCUACAAAAGGCAACCUGGCAGCGCAACUCACAGAUGCGCAACCCUAGGAUACACGCCUUGAUAUGCUAUCUAAUCAUUGCUGAUCUUUAGUGUCUAGACGUUUCUUCUUUAGGCGACGGUCGCUUCUAACGGUUAUCCGUUUCAGCUAUCGCGUUCGUCAGCUCUUCGUUACUAUUCCGUCGUUACAGGAACGCGAACAUUUCAAUAUUAUGUAAAUUUGUCGUUGUUAGUAGGUGUUAGUCGUUGUGUUCAUUGCGCAAUUCUCGCCGUUUUAGAUUUUAGCGUUGUUGGAGUGGUUCCGCCACCCCAGGAGUCGCCUACAAGCGGGGCUUACCAUAUGGAGGACAGAGGCAGGAACGGCUCAGGCGGCGGCCAAUGGGGUGGCGAGCAGCAGCCUAUGGAUGACGUCAGCGGAUCCAACCCUAACGUGCGUGGCGCGCAACCGAUGAUGGGGAACGGCGGAAGCUUCUCCGCGAA